AUGGAUACUUGUGUGGAUGAGAGCAGUGCCAAAAGAAGCUUAAGCGAUGAGAUCGCAGAUGCUGAGGCGUUGACGCCUCCAAGCUCCACUCUGCGUAAAUCCGGAACACCCAUGAAGCGAGAGAAGACGUCGCAUCCGCUGUCGCCGGAGCUAUCAUCUCCCAUCCGGCCCCAAAAAGCUCGCAAAACCUCGAAUAGAUCCGAUACACCCUUGAUCACCACUAGAUCCUCCAACUCUCAAACAUUGGAAGAGCUCAUCGAAGCCUUCACAGACGAGAAACGAUUGGUGCUUCUACAAGAUCCCCACAAAAAGCCACCUUUUUCCUACGCUAUGCUUAUAGGUUUGGCAAUUUUACAAUCAGAACAGGUAAGGCUAACACUAUCGCAAAUCUACCAGUGGAUCACGUACCACUUCCCGUUUUACAAAUUGAGCGAUUACGGCUGGCAAAACAGCAUUAGACACAAUCUAUCACUGAACGAGGCUUUUAUCAAAGGUGACAAAUCCCCAGACGGCAAGGGCCACUAUUGGCAAGUCAAAACUGGUUGUGAGGGCAAAUUUUUCAAAGGUGGGCAGUCUGACGAUGAGAUACGAGUUAAGCUUUCCAAGCUUUGCUCGAAUGUGCUGGCUGCUACCGCUAUUCAACUCCCUACACCGAGCGCCGAGACUUUGGCUAGAGAUUUGUUCAAACAAACUGCUCCGGAAAACGCAAAAGAGCGUCGCCGAAUGAAGGGUAAGAAAUUAGAAGAACCAUGUCAGUUGGAUAUUUCCUCUGACGAGGAAAGUGACGAUGAGGAACUACAAGGCCCUGGGAGCAAACCGUUCAACCUAGCUUCUUCCCCUUCCGGAACAGAAGCAGUAUUCAUACCAUAUGAAGCAAGACGCGGCUCUGAAGACCAGGAUGCUUUUAUCGAUCAUUCCCUGUCUCAUAAGUUGGAACUAGGAAACAUGACUGAUGCUUUUUCUGCGGGCAGAUCACAGUCCGCAAUUGAAGGGUGUUUUUGGAACGAACCAUCACUCACGCUCUCGCCGGCCAAAGAAAUCAAGAAGUAUUCUUGUUCUUUCAAUACCAAUUUCGAAACCUCACCACACCCGAAGACUCCCGUAUUAGAUUCAUUUCAGGGAAAAUUCGGAUCUCCAGAACCCCAAUCAACCGGUAAAAACGCUACAGGAUCUCUUGAUCUACUCAAAACACCACAACUCAGUUCAGCAAGCGCCGCAGAGUUCUCUUAUACCCCUCGAGACAUCAAUUCCAUGCGCAAAUGGCGAACGCCAACAGCAUUGGUCGACGAUUUCACACGGUCUCCAGUUUUGAUCAAUUCCUCCCGAACUCCCAUGCUACUCAUUGAUCAAAGUAUAACCGACGACAUUGCCUGUGGAAAGAAUACAGGUAACAUAACGUCCAACACUCAAUCCCGUAAAUUCUUCGAAAACAUGCGGUAUUCCUCUGGGCUUUUCGGCGUCGAUGUUUGUUCUGUUUGGAAACGAGCAGUAGAAAGCCGUCAGGAUAAUUCAAGUGUACCUGCGCCCAAGAACAAGAGUGUAAGACUUGAUACUCCGUUUCAAGCUUCUAAUAAAUGA